AUGGAGGUGCCCGGCGGGACCAAGGAGGGGCGGAGCGGGACCACAGAGGCGCCCGUCGGGACUGUGAGCGCCGCGGUCCAGGAGCACCUGCGGCAGUUGUGUCUGCACGAGUUUCCGUGUGGCGCGGGCAGCUGGAACAAGUCGCGCUUUCUCCCCCGAGCGCGGCGCACGUGGAGGGAGCUGACCCCCAGAGAGGAGGAGGCCGCGAGCCCCGCGGAGGAGACGGUGGAGGACCUGCUGGGCCUGGUCUGCAGCCCCCAGUCGCCCUGGGCCCUGCCGGAGGACUCCAGCGCGGAGGACCGGUUCCUGCGACAGCUGGCCAUCCGGAACCCCCUGAUGCUCAAAGACACCUUCUUGCACUCCUAUUUCCGGUCCCUCCGGGUGGUGGACAAGCAGGUGAGCCUGGUGGACAGGGGCCUGCUGAAGUUCCCGCGGCUGGAGGAGUUGGUGCUGAGCGCCAACCAGAUCAAGGAGGUUGCCGCCGCCAAUCUGCCCCCGACCCUCAAGGUGCUGGAGCUCUACGACAACGCCAUCACCAGCUUGGAGAGCCUGUGCGCCCACCCGCCGCCGGCCCUCCAGCACCUGGGGCUGGGCCACAACAAGCUCCUGGGCCCCCAGCAGAGUCUGUACCUCACGGCCGAGCACUGGCCCAACCUCGUGUCCCUGGACCUGAGCUUCAACGACCUGAUGGACCUGCAGGGCAUGGUGGCCAGCCUCAGCACCCUGCAGCGCCUGCGGCUCCUGGUGCUGCAGGGGAACCCGCUGGCCCUGGUGCCCUACUACCGCGGCUUCACCAUCGACAGCCUGGCCCGGCUCUGCGUGCUGGACGACGUCACCGUGUCUCCCACCGAGAAGUACCAGUUCCGGGGGCUCCGCACCAGGGGGGACCUCUUGGCACCUGAGGCGCAGCUCGUGGUGACGAUCGGAAACGUCAAAGGGGUCCCGGACACCUCGGUCCUGGACCCGGAGCCGGGGCCGCAGGGCCCCAUCAUCACGUACAGCUACUACGUGACCUACGACUUCGUGGAGGAUGAAGGAAGCGAGAGGGACGAGUUCCCGGAGGUGCUGGCCGAGGUCUUCCAGGCCGAGCCCAGCCAGGAGCAGCUGGGCAAGGGGGCUCCCGAGCAGGCCGCGGGCUCCGAGGAGUCUGUGCCCAUGUCCCUGUGCCCGUCGGCAGAGCUGGAGGGGUCCACGGUCUCGGCCGGGUUUUCGUCCCUGCCCAGGUCCACGGACUCUGCACAGGACCUGGCCCAGCUGCGGCCGAGAGUCGAUCCCCGGCUGUUCCCGUCCCCGGGAACCGUCCUCUUCAGCACCUCCCGCAAGCCCUGGGCAGACGUCAUCUCCUGCAGCUACGAGAUGCAGCACACGCUCCGCGGCCUGGUGCCGCUCAAGGCCUUCCUGCUGGCGGGGACCACGGUGACCGUCGUGGAGGAGAAGAUUCUGUCGUGGCCGGAGGCGCCACCCUCCACGGACAGCCCCUUGCCUGCCAGGAAGGAGAAAGUGGAGAACAAGAAGGAGAAGGAGCAGAAGGGGCAGGAGGGGAAGGACAAGGCCGCCAAAGGGAAGACGGAGACAGCGAAGGACCAGAAGGGGUCCAAGAAGAAGAGAGACCCUCCUAAGGAGCUCCACCAGGACCCGCCCAUCCUGAAGGUGCUGGGCAGCGGCUUGGUGGCCCUGGAGCCCCUGCUGGUGGGAGAGUCCCUCGUGUCCACCCUAUGCAACUUCGGGGUGAUCCGUACCUUGGAGUCCGACAGGCUGACAUUCCUCAGGGAUUCCAGGAGUAAGAAAGCUAAAAAGUGGUUCGUCGAGGGCGACUACCAUCCGGAGCCGCUGACGGUGGAGGUGCAGAUCCAGCUGACGCAGUGCCGCUCGGCCGAGGAGGCGCUGCGGAUCCUCGCCUUGUAG